CGUCAGGGGUUGCGCCAAUUGCGCAUGGUAGGGAAAGAAGAUGUAUCCUCCUAGGGGGGCGCGAUCAUCCCCCCAUCCAGUGCCUCUUUUCUUCGAUUGACGUGUUCAUUUCGGGGCUCGCGGCUUGGCCUGCGAGCUACAGGUUGAAUCGCAUUCGAGCAUGUGAGAGGGAACCCGUUUAAUUUGAUUGUUUGUGUUGUUGAAACUGCUGUUUUUGUGGUUCGCGCAACGGAUUCUCCACGUGCUUGUUCGGAUUCAUUACCGCCUUUGUGAGAGGUUGAGGUCGGUCCACUUUACCUUUGUGAGAGGUCUUUCGCGCGCGCUGGGCCGCUCGAGAAUGCAAAAACGUAGCACACCUUCGCCUGGCCACAUCGAGCUACGCACCAUCAUUUCGAUUCAGUUUGGGCCUCCGCAUGGAACCACAGUGUCCGAGGGGAGGGAUUGAAGGCAUAUCCGGCACUGCGAACCAAGGGGGAACAACCGUUUGAUACAACGCGACAUCGCUUCCACGGCAGGAAGGACGAUGAAGCGGGAGGGAUAUUUCAGUGAUGAUGCACAGGUUGAGGACGUCGGGACGCUGAGUGGGCUGGUGCGAUGAUUGAGGACAUGCGGGAAGCGGGGAGAGGAUAGUGGUGAGGAUCGGUGAGGCUUACUUUCAGCCAGAGCGAGCGCAGCAUACACGGCCCGGAAUGCUUGGAACAUUCCGAAGGGGGGGUCCUGAAUCGCCGCAUUCCAGUUUUCAGUUUCUUAUCGCAGUAACACACUUGCGAUUAUAUUUGCUGCUACCCUGCAAGUACCCGCUUCAUCGUCAGAGCUGGCGCUGGGAAUUCCUGUUGCCCUGAAAGGACCAGCUCGGUUGGGCUUCAGAACUCUAGACGCUUCACCCAAACCCACCAGUUUAUCCGUAAGGACUUCGCCCGCUGCCGCUGGCCCCCUCUCUCGGAUAAUGGGCAAUGCAAGAGCGAAAUCAUGGGGCCUUGGCGCCGCCGUGAAGCAGCGUCGAGACUUCGCGCGAAGACGAUGAGCAAUCGACAAGACACAUUGAGAUUAUGAUGAUACUGUUGAAUUCGGUGUUGCAUUUCGAGCUUGCUCGCGUAUGCUGUGCAAAAAGCUUCUCUACGAAGUAUUGACACGUUGCAGAUCCCAUGUAUUUUUUCGACCCUGACCCCGCCGAUCUGCAUGGAAGAGGGAAGGUUCUAAGUCAUUCGCGCCCAGAAGGCUGGUGGGACUUAACCCAAAAAGGCUCGAGAGGUACACAGUUUUUGGGAGAUUGCGUGCCGCCUUGCUAGAGAGUUGAAAACCAGGGUGCUUGAGCCUCCCUAGUGUGUGCUGCUGUGCCGUGUCACCCGCCACCCUGAAGGCCGAGCCGUAUCGUGUAUCGUAUUCUUACAGCCAGAGGAUCACGUGAGGAUGGAUGGCAGCAGACGAGAACUGUCACAUGCGAGCGUGUCGGGGGACACGGGAAGUGUAAUGACGAAUGACAUUCGGAGCACGCAGUGAGGGAAGUGCGCGUUAGUCAUCGCUUUCUCGAACGGAUGUGCACCAGCUCUUUUUGUGUGUAAAGCAUGUGCUCACGCAUGUGUUUUUCACGCUGUAUCGACCUCGGUGGCAAGCAGGUUUGGAGCUCUCUGCUGCAGGAUGUGUCUGCCCAUCGCACCUUUGCAUGGGCGUUCGCCAUGUGAAUCAGAGUGUCCUCUACGUCCGUGUUUAACCCCUGCAGUGAAAACAUGUUCAAAACAACAUGCGAUUGUUGCUUGGCUGUGCAGUCCGACCGAAUUUUUUUCGUUUGGGCCCCCUGCCGCGGCGCGGGGCACAGCAAUGCAGCGCCUCAUUCAGCGAAGUGCCACUGCAGGAACUCUUCUUGUGUGGACUGUGACCGCAGCGCUUCAUGGUGGCAGGUCGGGAUGGGGCCCGCAGGGUAUGCACUUCAAUGUGGGGCAGUGGGGCUGGUGUGGAGGCGGUCGUGAAGCAGCUCGUGCAGGCCAGAUGGUCGGCGUGCCACCAGGGUCCACUACGACAGUGAUGUGCAGCAAACUCGAGGCUGUACCUUCAGCGCGCUCUCUUCGUUCUGCUGCGUUGGCGGCUUGGGUGGCGAUCACUGGUGUGUUCGCAGUUGUCACUGAAAAUGUAAUUUUUGCCGCAUGCAAGAUCGCUGCUACCAGCGUUAGUGGG